GGUGCAUGCGCGUUCUGACUUCAUACCGCUUCAUCCAACUCUUUUAGCAACUAAUUAUAGUGGGGGAAUUUUAAAACGACCACAUCAACUAUUGUUGAAUUUUAAAAUAACAAGAUUAGGUGUGUCUUAUUGCAUAUAGACGUCAGGUGGGUUAAUGGUGCGCGGCUUGUCUGGUCGCCCCGCGCCUUCCCUCGUUGCAGCGCUGGUCCGGUCUGGCUCAUCCCCAGUUGCGGCAUCUGUCCCGGGAUGACCUGUUGAUGUCGAGGGGGGAAAAAGAGUCAGGGGCGCCCCUCCCCUCCAAAAACGGAAUAGACUUUAUCUGAAUCCUUGGUGCGAAAUUAGAAUUUUUUAGGUUGGUGGGUUUUUUUGUUGUUGUUUUUUUUUGCAACAUAUUCUGUUGGAAGUCGGCGAUCGUCCGAUUGUGCAAGUCUACAAAAGGACAAAUGCGUUAGACCGUUAUUAACGGGCUCCGUUGUUGCCUCCGGCGUUGAUGCCCCAUGUGUAGGCCGUAGAAUGCAACUCGAGCCGACAUCGCAGUGCACUGGCACGGAGGGGGCGCGAGCGGCGGACGUGCAAAUCCUAAAUCAUUGAUUUGCUGGACUGGUUUUGCGACAGACCUCUUGCGGGUGUCGCGCAGUGCCACUGGAGUGCCGCGACGGAGGACGAAAUUUGGCGUCACGGACCCUGUGUUGCUGGGCAUAGAGACAUGGCUCAGACUCUCCACAUGGCCAUUCCCAACUUCGGCAACAGCGUCCUGGAGUGUCUGAACGAGCAGCGCCUGCAGGGCCUGUACUGCGACGUGUCCGUGGUGGUGAAGGGCCACGCCUUCAAGGCGCACCGCGCCGUGCUCGCUGCCAGCAGCUCCUACUUCCGUGACCUCUUCAACUCGGGCGGGAAGAGCUCAGUGGUGGAGCUGCCGCCGGCUGUGCAGCCGCAGAGCUUCCAGCAGAUCCUGUCCUUCUGCUACACGGGGAGGCUCAGCAUGAACGUGGGCGACCAGUUCCUGCUCAUGUACACGGCCGGCUUCCUGCAGAUCCAGCAGAUCAUGGAGAAGGGCACCGAGUUCUUCCUCAAGGUCAGCUCGCCCAGCUGCGACUCGCAGGGCCUGCACGCAGAGGAGACUCCGCCCUCGGAACCCCAGAGCCCCGUGACGCAGACCGGGGGCGGGGCCGCGGGAGGUGGAGGGGGGGCGGCGGGACGCCCCGCCUCCUGCCUCACGCCGCUCCCGCUGGUGUCGAGGGUGAAAACGGAGCACCCAUCCCAGCAGCAGCCACAGCAGGAAGGUUCUCCGUAUUCCGUGGUCUGCACCCCCGUGGCAAAGCGGCUUUGGGAGGGGGCCGGCCGGGAGGGGGGCGGGGGAUCCGGCGGGGGGGGAGGAGGGGGGAUGAGGAAGGCGGCGCGUUUCUCACAGGACGCAUCGCGGGGGGCUGCGCCGCUUCAGGCUGCGGCGGUGUUGGGUGGCAGUGCUACUAGCAACAAUAACAACAACACCAACAAUAACAACAACAACAAUAACAACAACAACAACACCAGCAACAGUGGUGGCAGCUGUGGUGGAGGUGGAGAUAGUGGUGGAGGCACUCCAGAGGGCACAAGCCCAGGCAACCUUAGCAUAUACACCAGUGACUCACCCAUCUCUUACCAUGAUGAUGAGGAAGAGGAGGAGCUAACGGACGAAGAGCAGUACAGGCAGAUCUGUAAUAUGUACACCAUGUACAGCAUGCUUAACAUGGGGGCGGCAGCUGGAGAACGAGUGGACUCCCUGCCAGACCACCUGACUGUAGAGUCGCGGGGGAGAGGGGUCAGAGUGCGCCAGGACCUCACCUCUCUCCCCACGGAGCUGAUCUCCCAGAUCGGGAACCGCUGCCACCCCAGGCUGUACGAGGAGGGCGACCCGGCAGAGAAGCUAGAGCUGGUGACAGGCACCAGCGUCUUCAUCUCCCGCGCCCAGCUCAUGAACUGCCACAUCAGUGCCGGCACUCGCCACAAAGUGCUCCUCCGCCGCCUGCUCGCAGCCUUCUUCGACCGGAGCACUCUGGCUAACAGCUGUGGAACAGGCAUUCGCUCCUCCACCAACGACCCAAACCGAAAGCCUCUAGACAGCCGCGUUCUGCACGCAGUCAAGUUCUACUGCCAGAACUUCGCGCCACAUUUUAAGGAGAGCGAGAUGAACGCGAUCGCGGCAGACAUGUGCACGAAUGCUCGCCGCGUCGUCAGGAAGAGCUGGAUUCCCAAGCUGAAGCUCCUGAUGGCUGAGAACGACGCCUACACCAGUUUCUUCCCCGAGGCUGCCAAGGCAGACGCCGACGCCUUGGGGGCGGAGCCUGCUUUUGACACGCCCACCCUGGAGGGAGGAGUGGGCCACGACGCUGCCCAGUCGUCCACCGAGGCGCUGCAGGCCAUAGGUGGAGACAGCGGCGCUUUGUUUUAGUGAGUACGGUUACCAUAGCGACGCUACAUAACGCACUGCUCCUCGAUUUCUUCCAUUGCUCCAUCAUUUCCUGCGAUGCCAGACACCACCAUGCGCGCUUCUGUCCCAGGCCGGCACGAGGGAGGGAGGGUGCAACCGUGCUGGAGGACAAGAGCGGUUUUGGAAGACCGUGGUUGAAUUCUCUGGAUGUCCCCCCCCCUCUCUGCUCUGUUAUGGAUUCAUCAAUCCCGAUCCUGAGUUUUUGUUGUUUGUUUUAACCACGUUGAACAUCAGCCACCUGUGUAUGGACUUCCUCUAGGACUACACCCUCUCAAACCCUCUCGUGAACACAAAUUCCCAAAAAGGGGCGGGGCAUGUGUACAUGUGACGGAGCCGCGAGGCCGACAAGGCAGGAAGCACUUUAGCAGUCUGAAAACACUGUAUCCAUCGUGAAUGUAUGUGUCCAGAAGGUUCUGUAAACUCACCUGCCUCGAGACUGUUAAACAGGUGAGCUGUUUAGUGGCGCUCCCCCACCAACACACUCCCCUCCCCCGAAACCCUUUUUUCAUCUUUUAAAUUUUUAUAUAUACUUUUUUUUUUCAGUUGCUUUUAUUUGUGUGUGAUAUAUCCCAGUGGAUUGUGAUUGAAAACACUAUGAUAAGGGGGUAAGUGAUAUUUUGUUGUGUUUGAUAUAACAGGAGCGAUAAAGUGUGAAGGUUCUAGAACCUCAAUUUAUGAUUGAAUAGAGAUGACGUUGUCACCUGGAGUUUCAGUCCAAAGUAAUAUGUUCCAUUUUUAUGUGUCGGCGGAGCUAGACAGAGAAGGUGAGCUUGAGAAGUGGCCGUGAAGGUGAACUGGAUUUGGAGAAUGCGCGUGUUCCGCAUGGGGCCACUUCUUCCCAAAACGUUCCCAGAGUCUCCAUCCCUAACGAGAGAAUCUGAUCGGCGGUUUCCCAGAGCCUGUGAGCCGGGUGUGCAUUCACCCUGGAUCUUUCACAGAACAUGUCCUGUAGUGCAUGGCUGCGUGCAUGCCUGCGCGCACAGGGGAAGUUGCGAGAUCCUCCGUACAGUACUACAGAAUGAGAGUAAAAUGGCUGGAACAGCAGUGGGAAUACCAUAGUAUAACAUAAAUGAUGUUGUGAUGUCCAGUUGUGUAGCUGUGUAAAUGCAAGUGUGGGUAAAUUUAGCUUGUUACCCUGAUCUGAGAACAGUUUGUCGGCUACGACUGAUUGGGCAGCUGGGUCUGUGGCUGAGGGUGGGCAGACCCAGGACUGUACCACCCUAUGCUGACGGUCGCCGUCAUUGAAGGAGUUAGGAUGGAACUGACCUGAGACCAACAUACAGAUACUAAAGCAGAGCAGAAAAAUGUCCUGUGCAAACUGUCUGACAAGCUCCAAAUUUUUUGCUUUUUCUUUUUUUUUUAAAGCAGUGUCCUUUUGUUUAUAGCUUUUAUAAGAGGUUUACAGUUUUUUAAAGAAAUAGUAAAGUUUUAUAAAAAUAGGUCUACUUUUCAGAGACCUUUUCAACUAAAGACAAUGCACAGGGGGGUGGAGAAUUGGACACUAGUUUUAACACCCCUUGGCCAAGUGGUACGAUCCUAAGAGACUGCACUCGGAUAUAAUCUCAGAAAAAGAGAGCAGGAAUUCGCACCUUAGUGCAAAUCACAGUGUUCCGUUUGGACUGAAGAAAAGCCAGUGCUUAGAAUUGGGGGCAGUGGUGGCUGUUUUUGUGUGAAUGCACGCUGGGGUUUUGGUGGCUGCCAUUACAAAGACGUGUGUGAAAGUGAUCCACAUAUAAGCGUGUCAGCGCCACACCGUGGGCAUGGGUGUGCGCAUGCAUUUUAAUGUUCGUAUGGAAGAGGGUAUGCUGGGUUCUAGAAGAUGAAUGCGUGCGUGUAUAUGUCUGGCUUUUGUGUGUGUGCGUGCCUGUGUGUGUGUGUGGGGCAAUGAGCUGUGUUUGUUUUUGUCUGACUCACUGGGAGAGACAUACAGUUCCAGUGCAACCAGAAGGAGGGGAUUAGACAGAAGACAGAUUCAUACGUGCACAUCCAGACAGACUCACACGCAGACACGUAAUCACACGCACACACAGCUGCUGCAGUGAGACGGUGGUCUCUGUUCACUAAAUGAAUAAUCAGAUCGCACUGCAGGCCAAAUCUGAUUUCGCCUCCUCAUUUUUGGUUUCAAUUUAAUUUUCACUUUAUGAGUCAAAUUUGAGCAGCCUCAGGAAGUGCAAAUGAAAGUGUCUGAACACAAGCAUUAGAUGUGUGUGUGCGCGCUGCUGUCCAAACAACAGAUGGGACUGAAAACAGGUUGACAGUGGCUGAGUGUCCGCGCAUGCAUCCAUGUGCGUGUGUCCGCGCGUGUAUGUUUGUAGGAACAUCCCUGUGAGAGAGCGGACAGCAGUCAACAUUCCAACUGCCGUGUCCGGCUAUACCCUAAUAUACGCCAUGAGUUGGCUCUUUGAUGUGUAUCUUUGUGUGUGUGUGAACCUCUGUGGGUGUUAAAAGCGCACACACACACACACACACCCCACAUCCUCAUUGUGUAGAUGGGGUGUGUGAGUAUGCGUAAACCUCUGAGGGUGUUAAAAGCGCACACACACACACACACCCCACAUCCUCAUUGUAUAGAUGGGGUGUGUGUGCAUAUGUGUGAACCUCUGUGGGUGUUUAAAAACAAACACACACCCCAUCCUCUUUGGGUAGAUGGCAGGUUAAAGACUGGAGGCACAUAAAUAAACCUGCUGCGAAACACAAGACUGCAGUAACAGAAUGAGCAGCAUUCUUUAAAAGAAACUAAAUAAAUAAAGAACAGAAAUAGUGCAGAAUCAAAUCCCUUUUAAAAACACACAAAGCCUCUCAAGCUUCGCUCCAACUACUGCAGUGAAAUACACGAGAGAAACAGGACAUUUCAGACAGACAUCCUUCAUCGGCUGUGCAAGCAAAGUGUAUAUAAAUUCACACACACACACACACAAAGCUUUGUAGCUGUUCGGACAGCUUGCUUUUACAACUUGUGCUUUUUGAUUUUUAUCAUGAUUAUUUUUUUUUUUUUUUGUAUUUUUGUAGGUUUACUUGCGAUAGAGAUACAGCUAAUUACAAGCAUUAAUGUGGAUCCCAGCCAGUGGUUACUGAGCAUAAGCUGUAAAACAGCAGAGAGGCAUGCAGGCUGUUUUGGCAUCAUUUAUGACUGAAGGGCGAGAGGAGGAGGGGGGACUAGGAGGGAAGACAUACGGAGUUUCUAACGCACUGAAUUGCUCUCAUGGUUUUUAAAGAAUGCAUUCUGGCUUCCCUUUCUGGAGUCUGCUUGGAUGUCUGAGGACCCUCUGGAACCGAGUUCCGUUUGUCUGUCGUGCCGUCGCGGAUCUCGGUGAUGGCGGCCAAACGGCUGCUGAGCGUGUUGGCCGCCUGCCGUACAGCUUCUUAACUGCUGCCUCUUAGACGGAGGCGUCGUAUGACGCAAUCGGUAUCCAUUCCUGAGCAGAAGGGGGCAGCACAUCCACAGGACAAA